GCUGCUAGGGUUGGUGGAGAGCUACCGCGUGGGCGGGCUGGAGGGAUUCCAGGAGGUGGACGACCCGAUCUACCCGGGCGGAGCGUUCGAUCCACUGGGGUUGGCGGACGACCCCAAGGCGUUUGCGGAACUGAAGGUGAAGGAGCUGAAGAACGGGCGGCUGGCGCAGGUGUCGGUGCUGGGCUUCUUCGUGCAGGCCAUCGUCACCGGCAAGGGGCCCCUCGAGAACCUCGCGGACCACCUCGCCGACCCCGCCGCCAACAACGCCUGGGCCUACGCGCAGAACUUCGUCCCCGGUGCUUAGAGCGGAGCGAGGAGCGCUCCCGGGC